AUGACUGCGCUCGGAACGCUACUGGGUGAACGCGAACUCGUUCAAAAGGCCAUCGGUGCUGGUGAUGACGAAGUACUAAUGGUUAUCGCCCAGAAACUCCCCGCACUGGCUGACGUCCUUGGAACUGCGGGCGAAGGACCUGUCUCUCUGAUUGUGAGUAAUCUCCGCGAAUUUUUUAUUUUGUAA